UGACUUUUUUCAAUAAAACAUUGUGUACUUCUGGGCCUCCCACUGCCCUGGCUCUGUUUCCCCUGGCGCCAAGGGAGGAAGGCGGAACUGAACCCCGGCCCAGAGCCAGCUCCCUGGAGACCGUGCCCCUUUCCGGCCAUUUCUGGCCAUCCCCAUUGGCCAAGGUGCCCCUCCCACUAGCCUUGGGGCCCUCCCACCACUUUCCAGAUAAGGCCGACCCAGGUCUGCUUCAGUGGGCAACAGGCACUAGGGCUGGAAUGGGGCUGCCUGGCUCCCCACAGCAGUGGGGGCUGCUGUUGGGGCUGCUGCUCCCCCCUGCUGCCCCCUUCUGGCUCCUCAAUGUGCUCUUCCCCCCGCACACCACGCCCAAGGCUGAGCUCAGUAACCACACACGGCCCGUCAUCCUCGUGCCUGGCUGCCUGGGGAAUCAGCUAGAAGCUAAGCUGGACAAACCAGACGUGGUGAACUGGAUGUGCUACCGCAAGACAGAGGACUUCUUCACCAUAUGGCUGGACCUUAAUAUGUUCCUGCCUCUUGGGGUAGACUGCUGGAUCGAUAACACCAGGGUUAUCUAUAACCGCAGCUCUGGGCAGGUGUCCAAUGCCCCUGGUGUACAGAUCCGUGUACCUGGCUUUGGCAAGACCUACUCUGUUGAGUACCUGGACAACAACAAGCUGGCAGGUUACAUGCAUACACUGGUGCAAAAUCUGGUCAACAACGGCUAUGUUCGGGAUGAGACUGUGCGGGCUGCCCCCUACGACUGGCGGCUGGAACCCAGCCAGCAGGGAGAUUAUUACCGGAAACUCACUGGGCUGAUUGAAGAGAUGCAUGAGGCCUAUGGGAAACCCAUCUUCCUCAUUGGGCACAGCCUUGGCUGUCUGCACCUGCUGUACUUCUUGUUGCAGCAGCCCCAGUCCUGGAAGGACCGAUUCAUCGAUGGAUUCAUCUCUCUCGGGGCCCCAUGGGGUGGCUCCAUUAAGCCCAUGUUGGUCUUGGCUUCAGGUGACAACCAGGGCAUCCCAAUUAUGUCCAGCAUCAAGCUAAAGGAGGAGCAGCGAAUGACAACGACCUCUCCGUGGAUGUUUCCCUCCCGCACAGCAUGGCCUGAGGACCACAUAUUCAUUUCCACGCCCAGCUUCAACUACACGGGCCGUGACUUCCACCGCUUCUUUACAGACGUGCACUUUGAGGAAGGCUGGUACAUGUGGCUACAGUCACGUGAUCUGCUGGCAGGGCUCCCAGCCCCUGGGGUGGAAGUCUAUUGUCUGUAUGGCGUGGGCCUGCCCACGCCCCAUACCUACAUCUAUGACCAUGACUUCCCCUACACGGACCCUGUGGCUGCACUUUAUGAGGACGGUGAUGACACAGUGGCCACACGCAGUACUGAGCUCUGUGGCCGCUGGAAGGGCCACCAGCCACAACCUGUGCACCUUCUGCCCCUGCACGGGACACAGCACCUCAAUAUGGUCUUCAGCAACCAGACACUGGAGCACAUCAAUGCAAUCCUGCAGGGUGCCUACCGCCAAGGCUCCCCUGCACCCCCAGCUGCCAGCCCAGGGCCCCUGUCCCCUGAAUAAACCUUUGCU